ACACUCGCAGGCACGCGCACGCGCGCGCACACACACACUCGCAGGCACGCGCGGGCGCACACACUCGCAGGCACGCGCGCGCCUGCACACACACACUCGCAGGCACGCACACGCACUGCAGCCCUCAAACCAAAUCCUGCCUGUUAAAAACUUCUCCCCCACUGCUGGGAGCCGAAUUUCGAGAAAGGAAUCUGCCUGAUGACAAAGUCCGGGGGAUUCUGAAGAAGUCUGCAAAGCAGCAGGUGCCUUUUUCUGUCUUUACACUUAAACUGUAACCCUGGAGCAGUCACGAGAUAUUGAUCUUCUUCGCCGAUGUAAGUUGUAGGUUCUUUCCCUGUAUAAGCUGCUGCUGUUCAUCCUUGCACUGGAGACCGCUUGAGCGCUGCUCCAGAGGGUGUGCGAUUCCGCUCUUCCUGCGCCCGCCGCCCCUCCUCUUCGGGAAACCCCCUGACCGCCGGGGCGGGACCCCGGGACCCCAGCGCCCCAAACCCUCUGGGAACUCAGGGCUUUGCACACACGCCACCUGUCUCCUGGAAUGGCCUGCAGUAAAACUUUCUCUGCUCCAAAGGGUGACGUUUUGUUUGCUUGGCCUCACUGCGCCUUGGGCAGGGUUUCCGUACCAAGACCCUCGGGGGAGUGGGGUAGGGGGUGGCGGCCCUGCCCUGCGGCUCUGGGUGGCCCAUCCAGGAGGGGCCCAGCCCUCGCCCCCCAGGGCGGCCACUUCAAGCGGGGAGGAUCUGCCGCUGGAAUGGUUAACCCAGGACGCCUCCGCAGCCAAUCACAGGGCCCCGCGGGCAAGGCCCGGAGGGCGCCUGGCCGGGCCCAGCCCCAGUCCGGCACCGGGCAGCCCAUGCAGCCUGCAGCCAUCCUGGCGCGUGCCACCUCCCCAGAGCGCGCAGCCCCCGGGGGCCGCAGCAUGGCUGGCCUGGCCCGGCUGGGGCUGCUGCUGGCUGUGCUGCUGGCCUCCGCAACGGCGACCCAACCGGCCCGGCUGCUGACCUUGCUGUCCUCAGGCCAAGGCGUUCUGGACCGCGUGGCGCUGGGCGGCCUGUUAAAUACACUGGCGGCCCGUGUGCACUGCGCCACCGGGCCGUGUGGAAAGUGCCUGUCGGUGGACGACGCCCUGGCCCUGGGCAGGCCUGAGAAGCCAGGACUCCCCUCCAGCCCAGUGCUGGAGCCCAGGCACAUCGCCCGCCUGAGCGCUGCCUCUGCCCUUUACCUCAGCGACCCCGAGGGCACAUGCACAGACGUGCGUGCUGGCCGCUGGGCCUCACGAGCCGACCACCUCCUGGCCCAGCUCCAGAGCCCAGAGGCCCUGACCCUGGGUCUGACCAGGUUGCUGCAGAGGAUUCAGUCCCAGGCUGUCGGCUGGUCCCCUUCAGAGGGGGCCUGUGUGGACCUGCCUCAGCUGCUGGAGGAGGCGGCCAGGGCGGGGGCUCCUGGCAGCCCCGGCCCGGUGCUCGCUGCUCUGCUGGACCAUGCCAGGAGCGGCUCCUGCUUCCGUGCCCUGCCGACCCCUCAGUACUUCGUGGACUUUGUGUUCCGGGAGCACAGUGGCGAGACUCCCAACAUCACACUGGCUGAGCUGGCAGCCCUGAUGCAGCGCCUGGGCGUGGGCGGAGUGAGCGAGCCCCAUGGUGACCACAGCGAGCAGGGUCAUCUGGGAAAGGAAGCCAGCCAGCCUGGCCCCGUGCCCCCUGCCAGCCCCAACAGCAGCUCCAGCGUGUGGGACACGAUGUGCCUGAGUGCCGGAGACGUGAUGGCUGUGUAUGGGCUGUCUGAGCAGGCUGGGGUGACCCCGGAGGCCUGGGCCCAGCUGAGCCCUGCCCUGCUCCAGCAACAGCUGAGUGGGGCCUGCAGCCCCCAACCCAUGCACCCCACCCAGGACCAGCUCAGCCAGUCAGAGAGGUACCUGUACGGCUCACUGGCCACACUGCUCAUCUGCCUCUGCUCCAUCUUUGGGCUCUUGCUCCUUGCCUGUGCCAGCUGCAGUGCUGCUACCCACUACGUCAUCCAGACCUUCCUGGGCAUGGCUGUGGGCGCACUCACAGGCGAUGCUCUCCUGCACCUGACGCCUAAGGUGCUGGGGCUGCACACACAUGAUGGGGAGGUCGACCUGCUGCCCACCUGGCGCCUCCUGGCUGUGCUGGGAGGCCUCUAUGCCUUCUUCCUGUUCGAGAGCCUUUUCAACCUCUUGCUGCCAGCAGACCCAGAGGACCCAAAGGACAGGCCCUGCAGCCACGGCCACAGCCACAGUGGCCAUAGCCACGGCGUGUCCAUGCAACUAGCGCCCAGUGAUCUCCGGCCGCCCAAGCAGCACGAGGGCUCCCGCGCAGACCUGGUGGAAGAAGAGAGCCCGGAGCUGCUGAACCCGGAGCCCCGGAGACUGCGCCCGGAGCUGAGACUGCUGCCCUACGUGAUCACGCUGGGCGACGCCGUGCACAACUUCGCUGAUGGUCUGGCCGUGGGCGCCGCCUUCCUGUCCUCCUGGAAGACGGGGCUGGCUACCUCUCUGGCCGUCUUCUGCCACGAGGUGCCGCACGAGCUGGGGGACUUCGCGGCCCUGCUGCACGCGGGGCUGUCGGUGCGCCGCGCGAUGCUGCUGAACUUGGCAUCUGGGCUCACGGCCUUCAUCGGCCUCUACGUGGCGCUCGCAGCCGGCGUCGGCGAAGACGGCGAGACCUGGAUCCUGGCAGUAGCCACAGGCCUCUUUCUCUACGUGGCGCUCUGUGACAUGCUCCCGGCCAUGCUGAACGUGCGGGACAGGCGGCCCUGGCUCCUGUUCCUGCUGCACAACGCGGGCCUGCUGGGCGGCUGGACCGUCCUGCUGCUGCUGUCUCUGUAUGAGGAUAAUAUCACCCUCUGAUGGCCUCUGCCCCACUCUCAGCCCUCGACCCUGGCUCCUGGCCCUGAGCUAGCUCAGCGCCAGGCCUUCGUGAGCCUCCCUCCCCAGGCCCUAGUACCAGCUUCAAUAAAGACAUCCUUGUCCCUGGU